CGAGCUGAAACUGAGUGAACUCCGUGAGGAAUUGGACUUGAGGAAGCGUUAUAACUUGAAGCUGGCACUGGAUAAAAAGAAUCCCAAAAUGUCAUUUUACGAUGGAACAGAUUCCAGUGGCAAGGAAAAUAAGAUAGAGGCUACCGGUGACACGCUUGAAGUGCCGGAAGUGCCGAAGGGCGUUUCCUCCAUCUUCGUGGAUGAGGGGAAAUGGAUCGUGUAUCCUCAACCCAAUUUCACUGGAGGGUCAUUUCUUCUGAAGCCCGGGGAGUACAAGGACCCCGGAGAAAUGGAAAAGAUGGCACAGGCACUAAUCGCUGGUCAGAAAUGGUCAGGUCAGUGCCGGUCCUUUAGACAGGUUGCUGAGGGUAGUAUGAUGCUGUUUGACCAGGACAAUUUUUGUGGUAAACGUUUGUUUACCAAGAAGGCCAAGGACAACUUUACAUAUUUUGACACUAAGUCCAUGAUCAUCGAACCGGAUACCAACACCAAGAAAGCAAGAAAGCACCCGCAGGUGGACCUGGUUUUCGUGCUAGAUGGAUCCGCCAGUAUCGGGACGGACAACUUUGCGAAGGUAAAACAGUUUGCUGUUAACGUGUCACGUGGUCUGCACAUCGGCCCAACGACUACCAGGAUCGGUGUGGUGCAGUACUCUGAAGUUGUGACACUAGAGUUUAAGCUGGCGACCCAUGCGGACAAAGGCUCUGUGGAAAGGGCCAUCAACAAUGUCCAGUAUCAAAAAGGUAGCAGAACGAUGACGGGUAAAGCCCUACAGUCUGUUCAUGCUGAAAUGGAUUGGAGAGAGCCACCGACUAAGCGGGUGGUGAUUCUACUGACUGAUGGGGAAUCCCAUGACCCAGUUGACAAUCCUGCUAAAGCCCUUCGACAAGACGGUUUCGUCGUGUAUGCAGUUGGAGUUGGACCCACACCUAACGACUUGACUCCAAUGGUCAGUGACCAAGGCAAGGUGACCUCGCUGAAAGACUUCGACAAGUUAGAGAAGGAGAUUGGUGAACUUUCUGAGGGGGUCUCCCGAGGUGCAGAAUGGGCAGUAUACAGCCUAGAGGGGUUCAAAGGUAAAGAAUGGCAGGCCUUCCCGGGUUUCUACACCAGUGCCGAUUUGGAGAAGAAUCUUGGAGGACGAGUUGGCUCAGCAAAACGCAUUGUGUAGGCAGAUAAGUAACUGUUGACGGACAGCAACAGGUGUGGCAUAGUAGGGUGUGGCUUAGUCGUCACUUUU